CCAGCGGAGGUUCUCCCACCCACGCGUAGGCAAUUUGUUAAGUACAUGUAGAAGGAGGUACAAGUUCAUCUCGAAGGAGCUGCCCCACACGCAAAUGUAAUCAAGGAAAGAAGAAAAAAAAAAAAAAACACGCGCAGUGACAAAAUGGGGAAGAAAAACAAAAAGAGCAAAGAGAAGCAAGAAAAGAUAAAACUGAAAAAAGAAAAGCAAAAGUUGAAAUCCUUGAAAACGAAGAAGAAAAAAAACGACAACAGUGGCAACCAUGACGUGUUGAGUGAUGCAGAUUUCGAAACCAUAUGCCUCUAUUACGAAAAUUUAAAUAAAAAAGAUAAGUAUGGGCAUAUAAAUGUAAACACGACCAGCAACAACACUUUUGUGGACUGCGUUAAGCCCAGCCCCAGAUCGAACUGCUCCAUCACCUUUAUUAACGAAGAGGAGUUCCUCCUAUUCGGUGGAGAAUACAAUAAUAACCAUGAACUCCUCGCCUACAACGAUUUGUUCAAAUACAAUGUAGCGAAAGAUAAAUGGAAAUACUAUUUCACAACAGGGAAGAAGCCCAAACCGAGAUGUUCCCACCAAGCGGUUCAUUUUAAUAAGAAGUUAUAUAUCUUUGGGGGAGAGCUAUGCACGAACACACAGUUUUUCCACUACAACGAUUUCUGGGCCUUUGACUUGAAAAAUAACACCUUUGAAGAAAUAGAAUGCAAAAACAAAAGAGAAGAGAGACCCUCCCCCAGGAGUGGUCAUCGAAUGAUUUUAUGGAAAAGCUCCAUAAUUAUGUUUGGAGGCUUCUUCGAUAAUGGGAAGUCAGUAGAGUACUUUAGCGACCUAUACAUGUACGUAAUUAGUAGCAACAAGUGGGUGAACCUAACCAGCAUAUAUGUGGACUCCCUCUUUAGGAGGUUAACCCUGGAGGAUGGAGCCAACAAUGGCAACUCUCUAAACACGAUGAACGGUGAAAAAAAGAAAAAGGGAGACAAAACAAUCUCACAAAGUGUGAAGAAUGCCUUUUUUAAAAACUUCGAUUUAGAUUCGUAUAUGCCAUCUAAAAGGUCCAGCGUUAGUCUUUUCACCGAUUUGAAGUUCCAAAGGGUGUACAUAUAUGGAGGGUAUGCUCAGAUAAAAAACACCUCUAGAAAUGCCAUCGGGGCCUACUACAAUGACUUGUGGGUUGUAAAUAUAAGCUCCACUGGGGAAGAUAACAUCUCUGUCAAUUUUAAGAAGCUGAAGAAAAGUAUCUUUCAACCGUCUAAGAGAAUUGGGUUCAGCACAUGCAUUUACAAAAACUCGCUAAUUCUAUUUGGAGGAGUUUUUGAUAAGGUGGAGAAAAAUAACACCAAUAAGGCCACAGCGCAGAGUACCACCCCCAAUGGGCAUAACAAUACUACCGGGAAGGCUGCCCCUUUAGAGGAAUCACUCAACAUGCAGUCCAUCUUCUUUAACGAUUUGUACUCGUUCGAUAUGAAUAAGGAGCACUGGUCCUACCUCAGUCUGAAGGGAAACAGCGACGUUAGAGAGGUCAACCGAAAUGGAAAGGAAAAUAAAAAAAAAAGAAACGGAGAACUCAACCCCGGUUCCCCCUCCGCCAGCAGAAGUGGUAGGCAGCUUCUACCUGGGGAUCAAGACCCCUUAAGCAAAUGUAGAGAAGGCCGAUUUGGCACCCCCAGGGACUCCUCAUCGGAUGGCUACAAUUCCAGUCACCUCACCGAUGGGGACAAUAAUGACGAUGAGUACUACUCAAACGUGUUUGUCUAUUUUGACGAAAAUGGAAAUAAAAAAACGAUCAAAAUUGACCGGGAAGACGAGCAAAGCAAAAGUGGUAACGAAUCAAACAGUGAGAAAAGGGAAUUUCACGACAAGUCCCCAAACGGAAACUCCCAUACGUCAAACGUGAGUAAAGAAAAGGGCAUCUCCAGAAAAGAGGUGAUCGACUCUCACUCGGUGUUUAUGCAGUGCGGGGAGGCGGCGCACGCGAGCCGCGCGAACGUCGUGGGCGACUCGAAAAGGGGAGACAAAGGGUUCGAAAAAGUCUGCAUUCCAAAUGGCGAUCAUGAUGAUGAUCAGCAUAAUGGGGAAAACCCUUCUGAGGGAGGAGACGCACCAGGAGAGUGCAUCGCGGCGGACAACCUAAGCGACUGCGACUGCGACUCCGACACCGACGAGGCAGACAAGAAAACCAAAUUCGUAAUAAACGGCGUGGAGCCAAUCGGCAGAAUCAACAGCCACAUAUUCGUAGCGAACAAAACGCUGCACCUACUGGGUGGAAUGUAUGAAUAUAAAAAUAACGAAAUAAUGUUAAGUGACCACUGGAAAAUUAACAUUUUCAAAAGGGAAAAAUGGGAACUGGUACAUAAAGGAAAUCUGGAUGACAUUUAUGUGGAAGAAACCGAUUUGAGCUCUUCCCUCUCGAUCGACGAUGAAGAGAAGGACGAAAAGGAAAUAGAGAAUUUAAUAAUUUCUGAUAAAAUUAAAAAAAUGGAAAAUAAAAUAAAGGCAGAAAGUGGAGGCUUCAUUUUUGAUGCCAAUGAAAAUUUAAAUCAAUUCUUCCUCAGAACAAAGGAGCACUGGUUGAAAGAGCUAAAUGUGGACGAAGAAAAUAAAAGGAGCAGAAAGGACGCUUUCGUUCUGUGUGAGCAGAAAUAUCAAGUGCUGAAAAAGUACCACAGGAAAAUUCACAAGUAUAGGGAAAUGCUUUUGGCUGAAGAGUGCGGCUCGAGCAUGACUGAGGGGAGCUCCAGCGACUUGGCGGAGGAGUCCUCAGGUAGUUAA